CUCACAGUUCCACUGGAUCAGGUUCUGCUGCGAGGCGGCGCGGAGAGUUACACUUUGAUCACAGCCCGCCAGCGCUUUGAUCUCAGCCCGCCAGCGCUUUGAUCUCAGCCCGCCAGCGCUUUGAUCUCAGCCCGCCAGCGCUUUGAUCCCACCGAGAGACGCUGGUCCGCGGCGUCAGCACACAGAUGUGGACCCGCUGCUCCGGAGCUGCCCAGCGGAGGUGAAGGCGAGGGCAGAGGAUCCCGGUUCAGCCUGAGUGUGGUCGACCUGCGGUGGGAAAAAACGACCAUGAUCUGAAGAGGGCGCCGCACACCGAACCCCAUUUCUCCUCUCCUCCUCCUUCUCCCUCUUUUCUUUUUUUUGGGGGGUUUUGUUUUUCAUUCUACCCGGUGACAGCCUCUCCGCCCGCGUGCACGGAGUGAACAAAGUGAUCCGAGGCUUCAGGAGGAGGAAGACACACAACAACACGACACUCACCUGUGACCUCUGACCUCGCCGCUUCCCUUGCUCCUCCCACCACAACACAGCAAACAUGGGGAGGAAAAAGAUCCAGAUUCAGAGGAUCACGGACGAGCGCAACAGACAGGUGACGUUCACCAAGCGGAAGUUCGGUCUGAUGAAGAAGGCGUACGAGCUGAGCGUCCUGUGCGACUGCGAGAUCGCCCUCAUCAUCUUCAACCACUCCAACAAGCUGUUCCAGUACGCCAGCACCGACAUGGACAAGGUCCUGCUCAAGUACACCGAGUACAACGAGCCGCACGAGAGCCGGACCAACGCCGACAUCAUCGAGACGUUAAGAAAGAAAGGCUUUAACGGCUGCAACAGCCCGGAGCCGGACGGAGACGACUCCAUCGACCAGAGCCCGCUGACCGAAGACAAGUACCGCAAGACCGAGGACCUGGACAGCCUCUUCAAGCGCUACGGCUCUAGCAUCCCACAGCCCACCUUCUCCAUGCCAGUCACCGUGCCAGUAUCCAAUCAGAACGCGGCGGCGGCCCUCCAGUUCAGCAACAACCCCGGCGGCGCCCUGGUCACCACCACCUCCUUCGUCACCUCCACCCUCACAGACCCCCGCCUCCUGUCACCGCAGCAGCAGCCGGCGCUGCAGAGGAACACCGGCUCACCGGGGUUGCCGCAGCGACCAGCCAGCGCAGGGGCUCUGUUAGGAGAUAUGGGGAACUCAAACGGAGGGUGUCCGAGUCCAGUCCCGAACGGCUACAUCAGCGCCAGGGCCUCCCCAGGCCUCCUCUCCGUAUCCAACGGCAACAGCCUGGGCAAAGUGGUCCAGGCGAAGUCUCCGCCUCCGCCCAACCAGCAGAUGGUUAACAGCCGCAAGCCGGACCUGAGGGUCAUCACCUCGCAGAGCGGCAAGAGCCUCAUGCAGCUGAAUGCUCAGCGGCUAGGCGGAUCCCUCACCACGCCGGUGGUCUCCGUGGCAACGCCCAGCCUCCUGGCGCCCUUCUCCGGCAUGCAGACGGCCUACAACACCGAGUACCAGCUGACGAGUGCGGAUCUCACGGCGCUCCAGACGUUCACGCCACCGGGGCUGGUGCCUGGCAACAUGGCUGCCUGGCAACAGCAGCAGCAGCCGGCGGUCUCCCAGCAGCAGCAGCAGCAGACGCAGCAGAUGAGCCUGGCGUCGCUUAGCAACUUGGUCAUGUGGGGUGCAGAGAAACAGAACGCGGAGAUGGUUAACUGCAUCUCCAACUUCGCUGCUAACCUGAGGCCGGUCCACAUCUCUCAAGGCGCCUCUCGGCCGCUCAACACGAUCCCGAACCUCAACAUCAAGCCUGAACCCAUCUCGCCGAACCGGGACUGCCACACCCCCAGCUCCACCAGCGGCGGCGGCGGGGGAGGAGGCGGAGGGGGCCAGGGUCACCUCCAGGGUCAAGGUCUGGUGUCGGUCGCCUACCCGGGGAACCUGCGCCUGGAGGCGGGGGGGCAGGGCCGCUCGCCCGUGGACAGCCUCAGCAGCAACGGCAGCUCGUACGAGGGCAGCGACCGGGACGACGGCGGCGCCCAGGGCCGGGCCGGCGGCGGCGGCGUGGACUUCCACCAGGGGGGCGGAGCCGGGGCCCAGCAGCCCACCAUGGUCCUGCUGCGCCCGUCGUCGGCCGAGCCCCCCGAGCAGGACGGGACCACCGUCAAGAGGAUGAGACUGGAGUCCUGGGUCACAUAGAGGGACGAGCGCCGGGGGACGGACCGGAGGACGGAGACGUGUGCC